AUGGACGAAUCCUCGAUCGAUCUUAAGUUUCAUGACGGCAACGGGCUCGACACGAUCGAAGAAGACACUGGAAGCAAACGUCCUCCUGCCUUAACAGAAGCAUCCGCUGACGAUAGCGAUGCGCAGCCAUUGUACGUUCAGAGAAAGGAAGCCGGGGCUGGUGAUCAUAGCCACAAGGCUGACUGGACAAACAGAAUCCACAUUAAGAAAGGCAACGUCGGCGAUUCCGAUCCUGCUGACGUUAAGAAAGACCGAGAGGACGCUGACGGCAAUGUCCAUGCGGAUGACCACUCCGUCACUUUAAGUGCUUGCGCAGUCCACAUGACCAUUAGAGAUGAAGAUGUACACGAGGUGGAUUCUUUUGUGUGGGAUGAAAGCAAGGGCAACUACAAACAUCUUGGCUCUCCUCGGCGAAUCACCCCAUGGUUGCACUUGAAGAAGCAAUCACGGAGAGAGCGUUAUCGCUCGCGUCACAACAAGAUACUCGCAACGGUCGUGUGGAAGGGGUGGCGGGUGGUAAUCGCCCGUCUUGGUCGUGAUACCUGGCGGGGCAGCCACGGCAGGUCACUGCUCACAGCAAAUUCCAAGGGCAUGAAGAAUUUGAUGGAAGGAAAGUGUGCGGAAUUUCAGAUUCAGAGGAUCUAG